CUCAUAUCCCGGGCAGAAGAAUACUUACUAGUAUGUAUACCUACUCUAGAUCCGUUUCAUCUGAUGAAGUGACUAUUUUGGUGGGUGGCAGACUGGCAGUGAGCACUGGUGGUGCACUGGUGCUCGCUCGUGCUCGUGGAUCCUCGGGAUGGUGGGUUUGCCUUUUGAAACGGGAUUUUGCGCACAGCUCGUGACAGCGGCUAGCCGUGUCUGCACUCUGCACUCGUGUCGUGCGGUGGAUAGGUACUCUACACACUCUACAUACACGCACCGUACAUACAUACCCUCCUCGCGUGGUAGGUAUCACUUCACUUCGCCCCGGGGACCAAACAAAGACCGUCAAGCGAUGUCGACGCCGGCGGAUCACUCUAUAGUACUCACUCUAUGCACCCUGACUUCAAACCCAUGUGUGGUAGAUCACGUCUCGGGCGUUAUAUACAUCGGCUCUCCGAAACCAGGAAGUAGGGGGGUGGGCAGCCAUAACAACCGGUGGACAGCCGGCAUUAACGGCACGGACAACUCCUUCUUCCAGUCGGACAAGGAGCACGAGGAGCACGAGGAGCACGAGGAGCACGAGGAGCACGAGGAGCACGAGGAGCACGAGGAGCACGAGGCGGGGACCGACAGAGGGACACCAAACCUUCGAUUGGGUCUGGCCGCCUUCCCGUUUCCACCUGCCGUUUGUGUGUUGGUCAAGCCGCCGUUACUCUACUUUACACACCAUACUCUAGCUGACCAGUGGACAGAAGGAUUUUCGGAAUGUUCUUCGCUGAUUUUGAUUGCGAUUGGGAGGGGGUUUCCUUCCCAUGCAGGCUUGCGUCCGUCCGAUGUUCCCAUUCGUCCAGAGUUCAGAGACGGAGCCACACCCGAAAGUGUAUCUGGUUACUUACAGAAAUGAACAUCAGACACGUGCUCAGAUCAAGUGCGUAUGAUGUACCGCGGUGCCACCAAUCUGCUAGUUAGCGCGCAUCGUGAAGUGUGCUCGGCCGUCUCAGCCCACACUUCCUCUAGGUACUCUAGUGAGGUCCGGGAGGAGUGGGGUUGGAGGUUUCAGGGGAGUGUGGCCCGGUGGUGCGGAGGAGGAGGAGUCGAGGAGGAGGAGGGUAGGAAGGGUUCGGGCAUUCUCUUCAGUCGCUCGGUCGCUCGGUCGUUCGGUCGGUCGUU